UUGGGAGGUAGCUACUUCGCGCGCACUACGUGAGCCGAAUUCGAAACAAGCAACCUCGAUCCCAAGCUCUCUCGCCUUUGCUUCCCUUGAGGCAAGGGAACCUGGGAUUGAGAUUGCGGAACAGGCAGAACGCGGCAGAAUUAAUUAAAAGACCCUCGAAAUAAGCGACAUUCUCACAUUUUGCCUGAAUUCGGCGUCACAGGAUUAGCUAAUCCUUGCACCUUUUGAGUUUUCCGGAAAUAAGGCCUAUAGUGGAUUAACUUUCUUACCCACCAUUGUAUUUUGUUUCGACAGGGCCGGCUCGACAGCGUCUCACCAAAAUACGAACCACGGGUCGACCAAAUUCGCCUGAUAUGCCGCCGAAGCGUACCAAAAGGCCCGGGAGGGGACUCCCAGUUGAAAAGGUCGGGAAUGCUCGUUGUCCCAUUUAGGGGCUCUCUCCUCCGCAGAGGCUACCUGUGUGAAAUUGAAUAUUGGGUGUGGAAGGCGCGUGGAGGACGGGGGGCGUUCCCCGCGCUCUUCCGUUUUUCCCUCUCUCCAGCCUCCGAACUACCAACCUACGGUCAAGGCAGCACGAAAGAGGCCUCUGAAGAGGAGAGAGACUAAGGGGUAUAAAUCAAGGAUUCUGGUCUAAAUUAGGGUAUUCAUGCUAUUUUGAGCUGCCAAAGUGUCUUUUGGGGUGCACUCGAAUGAAUGAUAACCAAACGUUCUUAUUUCCGUUUUUAGGCUCGAUUUCCGCUAGUCUCUCGAGUCCGGUCUUCCAGCGCGGUCUCUCUCACCUGAACAGUUGCUGGUGAUUGAGCCCGAGCCCCGUCCCAGUUUGGUCUCCGUUAGGGGUUUAAUUCAAAUUUUCCGAUGCGCCUCCCCGGCCUUUUCAUAUGCGAGUCCCUCCACCCCCGGGCCAAAGGUGCAAGUAGGUAUAAAAACAACGCGUUUAAUUCAGCCCUAUUACUAUUCGCUCAUAGAAAACUGGAGCCCAAAGAGCCCAUUAAAUGUUGCUUUUGCCUUUAUUUUGGAAAAGUAAACAAAAUAUUUUUUGAUCCACUGCCUGCUCCCAUAUUUUGGGUGUUGAAGGCCAGGAUUGAAGGUGUUCCCAAGUUCACGAAUUAGUGUUCUCUUGUCUCAGCGAAUUGCUUUUUCAAAAUAUUGAUUGAAAGAAAACAGUUAAAAGAGAGUAUUGGGUAAUUAUCAAAAAUAUUACUCCGAAGAAACACCAUAAAAGAACGAGAGAAGAAACCCAAAAAAUGAAGUGCGUGGCCGGAAUCGAAAAGAAAUACUUCCCUCCCCCAUCACUCCCGCCCAGGCCCCAUCUGCCCUCCCCGCCAAACUCAUCCAAAUAGCGCAAAGGCUGUCGGUAGGGAUGGAAACAAUAUGGCGGACGAAAGCGAGCAACACUUUCCUAAUGUGUCUUCAAAUCACGAAACUCUGUGGAAAGAAAAGUACUUUACUUUGCUUAAACACUGCAGGCAGAUCGAGCAGGAAAAUGAAAGAUUUGUCAAUCGCAUUUACCAUGUCAAAACUCUCUUAAAACGUUACCGAAAGCAGCGAAGCUUCCUCAAGGACAGAUUAGAUGAUUACAAUGAUGACUAUAGAGAUGCACAGCCACCUUUUCAGGCUGAACUUCUCUCAGAAAUAGUUUCUGAAGCAUUUCCCAAAACAGCACCUCCUUCCUUCUUCCCGUGUGAGUUCAUGAGUCCAGACUCACCGCCAGCAAAAAAGAAUAAGAAACGUGAUGCACCAAAGGACAAGGACAAGGAUAAAGAUCCCAACGCACCCAAGAAACCAGCAAAUGCAUUCUUUAUGUAUUGCCAGCAACAACGAACUGUCAUGCAGGAUGAUCAAAAGGAUCCUAACAUUGGACAUCACGAAUUAACUAAGUCACUGGCGAAAGAGUGGAAUAAUCUAGCUACAGAUGACAAGAAGGUUUAUUAUGAAAUGUAUGAAAAAGACAAGGAAAGAUAUGAAAAAGAAAUGAAAAAGUACACAUCAGAUAAAGUCCCUAAAGAACCACCCGCAAAGAAACCAAGGACUAAAACUCCAAAGCAGAAAACCACUGCAUCAUCUUCCUCAACGAAGGGAACACCAGCCAUUAUCAAGGAAAGUUCUCCUGAACAACGGAGCUCGCUUGUCUCGCCAACUCUCAAUCCACUGUCUCCACAAAGCCUUGCCUCCAUGCAACUAAAUAUUCCAAACAUUCCCAUGCCUCAGCUCCUGCCACUGGCCGAGGAAGAAAGCGAGUUUAAUAACUACGAAGAGCUCCAUUCAGCACCUCAAGAUUCCUUCCUUUGAAGGGUUAUAUUAUAACAUCAAAUGUAAAUUAUUCCAAAAAUAGCGAAAAUGUAUUUUGCUCUCCCGCUUGGGAAUGGUAAACAUUGUCUUUUGCCUUUCAAUAGUACUAUUAAUAUAUUUGUGAGACAUUUGACGAGAGUGAAAUAUUACCAUCAACUCAUGGAUAUUGCCUGUGAAGGUUACUUUUUGUUAGGUGGCCUUGCUAAGAGAUGUUACAUCCAAUUCUCAAAACUGACUUUGAAAGAGAUAUAUAGCAAUCAGUAGAGAAAAUUCAUGUUUUGAAUUUGACAUUGAACAGUAAAACGAACAUUAAUCAGGAACUUAGUCUGUUGUCUGGACUUUAAUUUUGUCGAAGAUUGUUGAGUUGAGGGCAUGAGAAAUAUUGGAUAUGGGGGCUAGUAAAUAGCUGCCUUGUAAUGGCUAGGGCUUUUUGUUGCACCUUGUGGCACAACCUCCAAUCUCUUUCCCAAUGUCAGUAGCAAAAAGAAGAAGGAAACCUCUUGGACUAGGUUAUAUUAUAGGUAGCGUAUGGGCAGGCAGGUGCAUUUGAGAAAUUCUCACUGGUAAUGGCUAGGUUGAAAGGUGUUAUGUGACCUGUGAAUGGACUGGAUUUUUUCUACUUUGAUUUUUGUCCUUGUGAAAUGUGGAUUAAUGAAGCGAACAGUAUUACGUUUACAAGAGCCUCUAUUGUUAGCGCUCUUGAAAGCACCCCUUCUCCAAAAACAGCCUCCCCUUGAGCCAAAAGUAAAUGGUAAUCCAGGAAGGGGGUGCUCCCUAUGAUGGCCUAUACCAAGGGUCUAUGCCUUUUUCAGACUCCAGGGAUAUAACAGGGUAGGGAUCUCACAAGUUGAGGUUUUUGAGAGGGUAGUGAAAUAUUUUGGUAUAUUUUUAGAAGGACUGUUAAUUGAUUCAAAAAAGGUAUAUAAGAGGGGUAGCUUUUCUGUCAAAAUGGUCCACAGAGUAAUAAGGGGUUAAACCUCUAGGGGGGAGCCUCCCCAUGUAAAAUUAGGUAGAGCACCCCUCUCCUGGUUGAUAAUCAAAACUAAACAAAGUUUUGGAAAAAGUUGCUCUGAAAAGUUUAACAUUUUUGUGGAUAAAAGAUCGUGUGAAAAGGAAACCAUUGAAGUAUUUAUGUCAAACAGCUGUGCAUGACAGAUAAACAGUCCAUCAGAACAUAGGGUCUGGCCUGCUGAUAACCAAUCACGGAGAAUAAAAAUAAAACGCAUGCUAACUGGAUGAAGAAAAUAAGCUGUGGCACAACCAUGCAAUAGUGUCAGGAAACAGGAGCAAAAGUUUUGAGCACAUUCUUGUUUUUUUUUCCCACUUUUCUUCCUUUCGGGUUCGGGUUCAAUCUCUCUUUUCUCACAUGAGUGUUGGGAACAUCACAUUCUGCACAGUCAAAAGGAAUAAGGAAUGGAAACCAAAAACAUUUUCUAUUACAAUUUCCUUGGCUGUUUUUGUCUUUUAGAACGGUUUUCAAUAGAGUGUCGAAAGUAACUAGUUAAUGACUAUGAUUCUGGUUGUACCACAGUCA